ACUGUGACUGCAUGUUUACUGAGACUCUCAGCUUUCACUUGUCGGGACUGAAAACUGAAGUUUACUCUGAAAACUUAAGGGGGUUCCAUGGCUCUCCUCACCAAUGUCGCCAUCCUGCUGGUCUUGGCCUGUAUUUCCCAUCAGCUGAUGUUGAGCAGCUGCCAGAAGAGCCACGGACGCCGAGGACGAGGGGCGGACAGAGGACAUCCCAAGGUCAAGCCGGGGCCGAGGGUGGGCCGCCAAUCCAAAGGGGCCCCCGCGCAGCUCCUCAAGGGCAAAAUGGUCACCCGAGACAAGUCCGAGUGCACCUGGGCGGCGACGGGCGACGACGUCUUCAUCCUCGGCGUGGCCUGCAAGAAGGGGGACAGGAGCUUCGGCUGUGAAUACGUCGCCAGGCCGGCUGCCUGUUCCCAGUACGCCUCCAACGUCAAAGUCUACUGGAAGCAGAUCGCCAGGGCGCUGAAGAAGCACAAGAGCUUGUGCCAGGACAGCCGCGCCUCGGUCAGGGCGGGCGUGUGCCGGAGAGCUGCCGGAGAGGCUCAUUUCCGUCUCCGUAAUGCUCAGAGGAAGACUUUCUCACCUUCUGCUGCACCCGGAGCCGUCAAGUCCUGUCAACCCGGUAACAGGAAGCUGGCCGAGGAGCACUGCAACGACUCCUGGUCGAGUUUCUGCACGUUCUUUUUCACCAUGGUGCAGGAUUAUGACUGCUGACAAUGUAUUCAGCUCUCUGUGCAGUAAAAUCAACGCGUAUCUUAUUAUAGUUUAUUUAAAAAGGUGUAUUACUCCACAUUCCUCAGAGCACACUUUUUUUUCUAUCUAUUCGUUAAUGUUCGAUUUGUCAAAUUUGGGAGACAUUUACUUGCUUUUUUAGGAAAAUACUUUUAGGCUUUACACAAUGUAAGAACAAGAGCCUCUCCAUUUGUCUUGACAGCACAUCUUCAUGUUAUUUCAUUUUUAAAAAGGCAUUUGCUGUCCAUCAUACUCAUACUUCAUUAAAAAUAUAAACCACUCAAAC